ACGGUAUAAAAAGACUGAGCCAACCCGAACAUUCUGCAGUUUUGGAUAUUCUAAACCCGUACGCCUCUUCACAUCCAAUUCAGCAUGACUCCAAUCAUACAGUUGAUUAUUGCUGUCUUUUCACUUGUGGCAUUGUGGAAGGCUGUCGUAUUCUUUGUUCGGCCCUACGUAUCCCCGCUUCGUUCAUUACCAGGACCUCCUAGUCCAAGUUGGUUUUGGGGACAAGUCAAGUAUAUGCUGGAACUAGAUGAUGACGCUCUCAUAGAGCGAUGGAUCGAGCGUUACGGCAAUAACAUCACGUUUACAGGCCUUUUCAACUCCAAUCGUCUAUAUACAGUAGAUAUCAGGGCAAUCAAUCACCUCCUGAUGAACUCAACUACUAUAUAUCAGCGGUCAGAGACGUCAAGGAAAAAUGUCAUUAGACUGCUUGGUCCUGGUCUACUCAUAACAGAAGGCGAACAACACAGACAGCAGAGAAAAAUCAUGAAUCCCGCAUUUGGCCCCGCCCAGCUUCGGGAGUUCACAGACAUCUUCUUCGAUAAGGCACUUCAGCUUCGCAACAUAUGGAACUCGCAGGUUUCAAAAAACUCUGGAUCUACUAGAAUAGAUGUCUUGAACUGGAUGAGCCGUAUGACGUUGGAUAUCAUCGGCCUUGCUGGGUUCAAUUACAGGUUUGAUGCGUUACGAGAAGAUGGAAAGCCUAACGAGCUCAACGAUGCAUACAAGGAGAUUUUCAGUGCAGAUGUUCAUCCGAACAUGUUUUCUCGGUUGCAGAUCAUGAUUCCCAUCCUCGCAAAGGUCCCUACAGCACAGAGUAGACGAAUUGCUCAUUCUCAGAAGGUGGCUCGUCGGAUCGGUCAACAGCUUCUUCAAGAAAAGAAGAAAGCACUGCAGGCGCAAGCGACAGCAGAAAAGCGAGGUGUCAAACGAGAUGAUUUGCAAGGUCGUGAUUUAUUGUCCCUGCUCAUCAAGGCCAACAUGGCUACCGACGUACCUGAUAAUCAGAGAUUGAGCGAUGAGGACGUUUUGGCUCAGGUACCCACGUUUUUGAUCGCUGGACAUGAAACUACUAGCGCGUCCGUUACGUGGUGUUUGUACGCAUUGACCCAAGCGCCGUAUGUUCAGAAGAAGUUGCGGGAAGAACUCCUUACCGUUGAAAGCGAUACGCCUUCCAUGGAUGACCUCAUGGCUCUACCUUAUCUGGAUAUGGUGGUAAAAGAAACCUUGAGGUUGCAUGCGCCGAUUUCAAGCAAUAUGAAGUCAGCUGCGCAAGAUGAUGUGAUUCCAGUUAAUGAACCUUACAGGGACAAGUUCGGAAACGUCAGAACUGACGUCCGAGUUGCCAAGGGUGAUGUCGUGGUCGUACCUAUCAUCGCCGUGAAUCGUUCCAAACAUCUGUGGGGUGAAGAUGCGCAUGAGUUCCGACCCGAACGUUGGGAGAACCUACCAGAAGCGGUAACGGAGGUACCAGGAGUCUUCAGUCAUCUCCUGACUUUCGUCGCAGGACCUCGCGCAUGCAUCGGCUAUCGUUUUUCUGUCGUUGAGAUGAAAGCAAUAAUUUUCACACUCGUACGUUCAUUUGAGUUCGGGCUCGCGGUACGUCCAGAAGAAAUAGUCAAGAAGAGAGGCAUCGUAUUGCGGCCAGUGGUUAUCAGUGAGCCCGAGAAUGGAAACCAGAUGCCCCUGUUGGUCAGAACUAUAGCUCGGCCUGAACUGUAGUGUCUACCUGUCUUACAUGUUGCACAGUCCUGCCGGUUGGAACUUUUCAAGGAUUGAACGUAGAAUUCAAAGUCGAAUUAAGUUUGAAGCGCC